AUGCAGAACUCCUGGUUCUCUGAUGGUCAUGCUUCCGUUCUGAAUCCUUUGUCUUUCACCGCUGGUGAUAUACUCCUUCCUCCUCCCCUUGUUCCCCCAGACCCUCCUAACCCUUUCUCAAACUUUUCCUCCGAUUUCCCCCCUCUUACCCCCCCUGAUAACCUGAAUCCUAGUUCAUUCUCACGUACUGCUCCUCAUGUGGCGCCUGUGGUUUUGGCCUCUACUUUAACCUCUGCUAAAGUCUCCCUUGACCAUACCACUACUGAUGUUGAGAUGACUCAGUCGGAAACUGUUGCUCUGAAGGAAACAGGCGUAAGUCUCCCUAAACUUAGAUCUGAAACUACUGUUCCAACAAAAUUUACUGUGCUGAAACCAAAAAAUACUUCCCCAUUAACCACAAACAACGCUCUAAAUUCUCCCCGUCCGCCCAAUCCUAUUACCCCAGCUCCCCUUUCUGCUGUUGCUGAAUCCUCUUUUGACCUGAAUGUCUCUCCAACCCAAACUGUUGUGCCACCUGUUGAAAAUAAAUCUGCCAAUUCUCCUACUUUAGCUGAAAAAAUCAGAGUUUUCGAAGACCGGUCUUUGUGUAGGGUGGCUCCCGUUUCCUUCACUGAUAGUGGUCGGCCUACUGUCCUCAUUCCAGAUGAAGUAUUCAAGAAAGGAGAAGAGCUUCACAAGGAUUUUAUUGUCUGUUACUUCAACGGUAGAGCUCCUUCCUACAGCAAAAUUCAAAGUGUACUUAAUCAUAUGUGGGGUAAAGGAGGUAAACUAGAGAUUCAUAACAACCCUCUUGCCCGCAAUAUGAUUGUGCGAAUUCCGAGUGAUUACCUAAGAACAAAAAUUCUGGAAAAGGGUACUUGGUACAUCGGGGAUUCCUUGUUCCGUGUGGCUCAAUGGACUUCAGAGCACUCGGGAUCUUCUCGUCAUUUUGAGUCAAUGCAAAUCUGGGCUUAUCUGACAGGAGUUCCUCUAGACCUGCGACAUCAGAAAGGACUUAGUUUUGUGGCUGGUUUGGUUGGAGAACCAAAGGAAACUGAUGAAUUCACCAAGAACUUGGUCAGUUUGACUAUGUCUCAUGUCAAAGUUGAAGUAAAUCUGACAAAAGAACUGCCUCGGGUAGUUGAAUUCACUAGGCAGAGUGGAGAAGUGGUUGAAGUUCUUGUUGAUUAUCCUUGGUUGCCUCCUACUUGCUCACAUUGCAAAGAGUUGGGUCAUAUUGCCCGUAAUUGUCUACUGCUGCCCCCUCCACCGAAAUCUGCUGAUCCAGCAAGCAAAAGGGCUCCAAAGCUCACAGUUUCCUCUACAAAAGCUGCUACUACCUCCACAAAUGAGUGCGCGGAAACAUCUUUAGCGCAACUAUCCCCUAAAGAUCAUGUGGAAAAUGUUAAAGUGACUUCUGAAGAUGAAGAAUUGGCUAAUAUGAAAGUUGAUCCAAAAAAGAUUGUUAUCCCUCACUUGGCUCCUGCUUCUGUGAUGGGAACUCCUUUUGCAGCUCUUGGUGAUGAAAUAGAUCUGGUAACUCCAACUAAAACCAAAUUUCCUCAUUCGAGUUCUUUGCCUCCUCUGGUCCCUAUUUUUACCCCAUUCGUAAUAGCGCUUCCUGCUACUAUCACUCAUACUGGAGAGCCUUAUCCCUAUAGCCCACCUGAAAAUCCACAAAAAGCCAUUUUAAAACGUACUCGGUCUCACCCGUCUCUAAACACCGUUUAUUCGACUCAUUCCUCUAACGAACCCUCUUUAAGAUUACCCAUAAAUAUCCCUUUAUCCUCUAAAACACCUACCAAAUCAGUUUCUAAGCCUCUUUCUAAUUCGGUUACCUCUUUUGAAGAUUCUCCCUAUUCAGAGAAAUCUGCUCCCCCGUCUUAA